GCAGUAGCAGCUAGUCUGGCUCUGGCUAGUUGAACUGUUAACUGUUCAGUGUUCAACUUCAAACUUCAACUGACUGUUCCCUUGGCAAUCGCAGUUCGCACUGUACUUCACCUUUCACCUCCACCCUAGCACUAAAAAACACAAACAAACACACCUUAACAACACAGAGCGCACCUAACCUAUUGGCGAAGGGUACAUGAAAAAGGUUUUCGUUUUCAGUCAUAAGUUCCUUUUUCAUAGGCCUAGCCUUCUUGUCUUUAUUUUACAAACUUGUUGAAUUAAGAUGAACAAAGCAUCAAAAGCAUUGAGAAGGAGCAGUGUACGUCUGAAAUCAUUAAGUUGUGGCCACAGUGAAUUAAACUUGAUUGUGUCAGAUUUAAAAGAAUUCCGAUCAGCUGCAAAGCACUUUACUGAUGCUCAAGAAACUGUUUGGAAAGAUUUAUUUAAAUGGGCAAGUAGAGAAAGGAAUGAGGCGAUCAGAGAAUCUUUUUCAUAUCUUUUUGAACUAAAUCAACUAUGGACUGAAAUACAGUGUGAUUUUGUGGAACAAUUAAAUAAGUUUAAACACUCGUUUGAAAUGAUCUUGGAAGGUGAAGUGGGCGUGGACAAGUUAAGAGAGCAUCUUGGAGCAUGUGAAACUAGAGAGAACAAACUAAAGAAAAACUUAGUUAAAGCCACAAAAAAAGACAAUGCAAAUGAAGUGAGGCAAAUAGAAGAAAAGAUUGUUGAUAAUCGAUCAUCAAUAAAGGCAACCCAGCUGGAGAUUACAGAAAGAACUCACGAGAAUGAAGCAGUAAAAUUAAUAAGGCUGAAAGAGAGUUUGUUGAAACUAACUGCAGCUUAUAUGGAGCAAGCUCACAAGUCGAUCAUGAUUUUUGAUGGUCAGAAGAAUGUGGUAACUGAUAUACCAGAGAUGGAUAGCUCCAGAAACAUGCAUAGCGUUCGAUAUAGAGGUGGUGAAGCAGCCAAGGUUACUGUGGCAAGGGUAAAAGAAUCGGUUAAUCUGUACAAACAGUCUUCCCAACAUCAUCCUCAAGCUCCCCCAACCUGCCCCCCUCCUUAUACAUCUCCUCCUCCAUUGUACCCUUCCACCACUUCCCCUCCUUCUUACCCUACUGCUGCCUUCCCGUAUCCUCCCAGCUACCAGAACACUGUCGGAUUUAUGCCACACCACAAUGGAUGGACUUCAAGGUAUGCUUCCAGUUCAGGUUCAGGUCCAGCACGCUAUGAUCUACCACCAUCGGAGGAUUAUGAGCAGGAUCUCUCUGGGGCUGUUGGGGGAGCCAGGAUAUAGCAGGGUUCCACCCACAUCCAACAAACUUCCAUGACACAACUAAUCUUUCAAUAGAAUUAAGAAAACUUAUCAGCUCAAUUAAACUGCACUAGCUAAUAACAUAAACAUACACAUGCUGCAUGAAUUUGAAAUUUGUUUUCUCUUGUGUAUUUAUCAAUGGUACUUGCAGUGCAAGCUUUUACACUGAUUUGUUGUCUGUAGCUUUAACUGUUAUAUGUAGUCUUUCUUGUAUUGUACAAUCUAGCAUAUAUUUUUUAACAAUUUAAUGUAAUUUAUUUUAUUAAUCUUUUAACUUUUUUACUUUGACCAAUCAGUCUAUGAUAAUAGUAUUUUUUAUAAAAAUAUGACUGCAGGAUUUGCCUUAUCAAAUCAAAUCUUUCAUAUACUUUUUAACAUAUGAUGUAUUUUAAAAUUAUUAUUU